GCGGUGUACUAGGUGGUGCCCUGGUGGACACACUUUACAAAUGACUGUAACUCUUACUUACUGUGCUCGUCCUCACACGCUCCUCCUCCUUACUUAUUCAAGGUUUGGUAUGAAUUAAACAGCACAAAAUAGGGUGAAAGGAAUUUCAUCAGUAGGCAUUGACCAAAAUUAAGUAAAGAUAAAGGCAGGAAGCUGAAACUUAACAAGGUAAACACCUUUAGAAAUAUUUAUACCACUGAGUAUAUGUUUGGGGCAACAACAAAAAAAGUUUUUUUAAAAUGACCAUGACAAGUAUUCCUUUUGUUGGUCAUUUAUAUCUUCCUUUCCUGUUGACUUCUCUAAUAGUUGGCAUGAUAAUCCUUAUCUUAUUUGAAAAAAGAAAAUAUAGAGAAAAGAACAGAUUAGAACGGAAAUAUACCACAGGGGUUAAGCCUGUAAGUAACGGAGUGCAUAGUGCUAGUGAUGGAAAACUCGCAGUAGACGUUAGUCACAAAGCUGACAUAGAAACUGUGAAAUCUUUAGAGUCAGAAAAUAAUCAGAAUGCAAUGGGUUUCAAGUGCUUAUCUGCAAAACUUAAAGAACAGGGUAAAAGUAUGAAUAGUCAGGUUAUCAUCAAUAAACCCAGCUUUCAAACUGAAGAAAAUGCUCAAGAAAGUACAUCGUGUGGUUCAAGCAGUGAGAAUGAUACUCCAAAACUGACGAGAAAGCUGUCUCAUGCUCAGAAAAAACACAGCUGUAGUAAUGCCAAGACCUGCUCUAACAAGAAAACCUUCUCCAAAGUGAUUAUUGUGACAGAUAUUAAUGAAGAUCAAAUUAAGGUUGGUUUAGAAGACUUUGAAGAGAAAUUUAAGACUGGAGGUCUCACCUGCAUCAUUAAGUCUUCAUUUAAAACACAUGAGUCAUUAUUAGACACGGAGCCUACACAGCUGAACCUGUUUUUGGUAACUUCAUCUAAUGAAUGUGAAGAAUUACAUGAUUCUGUUUUGCGAGUCAGAGAAACCAGAGGUUGUGUGCCAGCUUUCUUGUAUAGCGUUUCAUGCAUAACAGAUGCAAGCUCUGGGGAGAUUUACAAGUCAGCAGAAAGGCUCUGUGUUGUAUUGUCAGACGUAGGGGGUACUGCAUGGCUACCUCUUACUUGCAUCACUUAUGCUGAAGAAACACAAGACCCUUCUGUCUUGUCUCAUCACAAGUACAUCACUAAAGUUUUAAAUAAGCACAAGAAAAUGUCAAAGAAGUGCUGUGGAACAUCUUGCAGUUCAAAGAAGGCAGUUGACAUAGAAGAUUUAGGUGUAUCUCUUCUACCAGCCGUAACCCCAGUAAAGACAUAACCUUUCUCUGGUGUAGGAUACUGUUUCAGUACUCAACAUUGUGAAAUGGUUUUCUAAUAUUUUUCUUUGAUAAAACAGAAAAGUUAACAUUCUUUCAUCUUAGAUGUAUAUAAUAGUUUACACCCUGAAUUAUUGCUUCCAUUGUAUAUGAAAAUUGACUAAAACUUAAUUCAAACUAUAAUUAGUACCAUCCUUGCUUUAAUGAAUAAUAUGAUCUCAAGAAUUUCAUUGUCUGGCCAAGAGUUUGUGGUUAUGUAUAAGUUUCAUAUAUUUUUAUAUAUGUUGUAAAAAGAAAACUAUUUUUCAUAAGCAUAUUUACAUAAGAAAGCAGCUUCAAAUUUAUUUAAGGGCAAAGAAAAGUAAUUUAUUUUAAGUUUGUGACACUGAAAUAGUUCACUUAAAACUCACCCUUGUUUAAUUGUUUGUAUUGUGGCCAUUUUUAUUUUUAUGCAGUAUUGCAUAUUAGAAUACAUUCAUGCAUUGAGAGAAAUAUGCAGUACAGUUAUUUAAGAAUGCUAAUAAAUUAUUAAUUUUG